CUCAAUUACAAGUGACUCAACUGUCCCUCACCCAUUAAAUGCUCUCCCUUUAUAAAUAGAUGUACAUCUUCACACAAUUCUCUCACCUACACAUAUCACUAACUUCACAACAAAAAUCAACAAAAAUGAUGAACAUCAAAGCAACAAAAGUCACCUUCCUUCUUACACUUCUCAUCAUCACAACAAUCUCUUCCUUAACCGGGGCAACCCGGUCCAACCCGAACUCUAAGGGCACCAAGUCCAAGUCCAAGGGUGGAGGUGCUGGUUUUGGUGGUGGUAGCGGCGAUAGCGGUGACGACUUCUUCGGGCCGGGUGGUGGGUUUGGAAUACCCGGGUACAAUGACCCGGGAAUGUUCGGAGGCGGAUACGGAUACGGAUACGGCUCCCCUAGCGGAGGCCACGGAAAGAGUGGGACUGUAAGACCAAGUGUGGUUUGUAAGGAAACAGGUCCUUGUUAUAUGAAGAAACUCCGGUGCCCGGCAAAGUGCUUUUACUCCUUUAGUAGGGCCGGUAAGGGUUACGGUGGCGGAGGUGGUGGUGGUGGGUGCACCAUGGAUUGCAAGAAGAAUUGUAUUGCUUAUUGUUGAACUUUUUAGGAGAGGGGAAAUUCAAUGCAUCUUCUAAAUAUAUAAAUAUAUGGUAUGUGAUCUUAUUUUGAGGUUUUAUUAUAUGGUAUUAUUAUAAGCUCCUAUCAUAUGUUGCUUUUAAAUUAAGUAAAUUGUAGGACUUCUAUCAUGUAGUUAUAAUGUUAUGUAUUGUGUUGUGGACCUGUGGGCUGUGGUCAUAUUAUUAGUAUAGGCUAUUUUCUCUUGCUUUUGGUUUGUUUUACUUUUGUGGGAUGUAAUAUAUACCACGGAGUAUACUACUAAUUAAUAUGGUUUUGGUGGAAUAAAGAGAGGCACUUUUGUUCUUGCCUUA